AUGGAUUUCCCUCGAUUACACACGCUUGAUUCCUUUCUUUCUAUCCCUAUCGUCAUUUUCGGGCUGUUGAAAGUCGUCUCUUGUAUCUAUGCAAACAGGCUUGGUCUACGCUACAAUAUAUAUAUCAUUGCCUCCAUAGUGUUCCUAUCAGCUGCUGUUGCAGUACUAGUCCUUAGUGUCCAUGGGCUAGAGUGGACUUCCACUGCCUCCCCCAUCCCCGCUUUUUACUUCCUUUGGGACUGUGUAUGGUAUUUCCUGGUGUCUUUGAGAUUACUCACCGUGUCCUUCAUUGUGGAUUACGUGUUUCUUACCUGUCUCUCUCUCUAUAUCUUGCGUCAGACUCGACAAGGCGGACUAUCUCGGGUAUUGCUGGUGCGCCGAACGUUGGAUUUUCUGGCGAUUGCUCUGCUGGCCUCGAUCGUUGCUACUUUAGGGCUUAUAUACGUCUGGACUUGGGCAAACCUUAAUCAGGUAUUACUCAUUGUCACUGUUGGCUGGACUUGCCAUUCCCACCCCAUGGAUAGACUCCCACAACCAGAAAUGACAUCGUUAUGGUUUUCUUUCCCCCGCGAAAAAGAUCCCUGCCUGCCGACCAUUUCGUGUCCUUUCCUAGUGGGCCAGGUGUGGACCACAUUUGCCGGCAGCCUGAAGUUACGAUCUCACGGGAUCCCUGCGACCAUGGCUGAAGGUCCUCAAGCCAUAGAUGUUACUGAAAUUGCACAUGAUGAAAAGAAGCUGCUAGAAAGGGCCCAGAGAGAGGUGAAAGAAUGGCGAGAGUCAGAGAACUCAGAGGCAUCGGUGACUGUUACUUUAGACAAGGACUGGACAGUCUGCAAUGCCGACGGCAAAGAUCCUGGGAUCGCAGACCCAUCAGUUCGAGCGCUCCUUGUUACACAGAACUGCAGUUGGGGUGCCGUCCGAGUUGAUAGCAAUCCAGUCACAAAUGUGGUGACUGGCAAUGGAAAACGACUUUAUAUUGUCACUAUAGAACCUGGCCAGAUCUGCCUGUUCUAUCAACAUCCAUCAGUGCGAUAUUUCCGUCAGCAAGGUUCCUCGAACUAA